AUGAGUUAUAUGAAACGUCACGGUAUGGCAGGAAUGGACAUGGGGUCGAUGUCAAUGGCAUCUGCAACCAUGGAUAUGGGAUCUACAACUGCAAGUAUGGACAUGGGAGCAAUGUCAUCGUCGACAAUGGAUAUGGGUGGUAUGGAUAUGGAUCAUGGUAUGCACAUGUACUUUGUAGGAGACUAUUUGGAUUACCCAGUCUUGUUCAAAGGCCUUACAGCUUCAAACGGGGGCCAGGCAUUCGGGAUAUUCCUUCUUUUAUUUGUCAUUGGUGUAUUUGUCCGAGGACUUGACUUUACAAGCAAAUAUUUGGAACAAGUAGUUUGGCAAAAUCCAAAUUAUGUUUAUGCUUGCCAUACGCCUUCACCUAACGGUGCGGUGAAUGUACCGAUUGCAACAGAUGGUAAUUGCUGUGGAGAUAACACCAGAAAUGAUACUACGGCUGAUUCCAUCAGAAAAACCAAUUCCUCGUCCCUGGCUGUAGGGCAGCAGGAACACGAGGUACCUUAUGCGACAUCGCAGCCGUCAAAGUUACCAAUGGCUUCGAAGUUAUUCAGAAAUAUAAUUAGACUUGCCUUGUGUAUACUUCCUGAGCUCUUUGGCUUCGCUUUGAUGUUGGCUGCUAUGACCUUUUCAGUGUUGUAUUUUUUUGCAGUCGUGUUGGGUUUGGGUAUUGGUAGAUUUAUCUUUGAUAGAUUAUCUGACCGUAUGAACAUAAGACCGAGCGCAUCUAUUCUACAUUGCUAG